AUGAACUGCGCAUCGCGGCUCACUAGCACACGACCGCUCUUGAUCUCCUCGAAACGAUACGCUUUCUCGUGGUCCGCGUACCUUAGAAACCGACACUUCACUGCUCGAGCGUCCAACUUGGUGCGUUUCUGCUUCGGAACCGUCACAUACGCAUGGCAACCGAACACCUUCAGGUUCGCCAGCAGUGGUUUCUUACCGGUUCAUACUUGGUUCGGUGACUUGUCAUGGCUGAUGGCACGUGUGGGCCAAUACGACUUGGCCAAACCAGCAUGCUCCAACAUGCAGCGCGCACAUUCCACCAGCGUCCGGUUCAUCCGCUCGGCGACACCGUUUAGUUGA